ACUAAAUCGCUCUUAUCCGAACCAAACACAGGCAUGGAAGCAGUGGUUUGCAGCUCGAGCUGCUUUUUCUCAUCGUCUUCUUCAAUUUCCUCUCAAAUUCAGCGCAGGAGAAGCAGCGGGAAGCUUUCUGAUCCCAUUAGACCACCGAAGAAGAGAUUUCCCUCGUCCAGAAUAUGCGCACUCAACAACGCUAACAGCGCUCUCGAGCAGCUCGACAUCGAGCGCGGAGUUUGCAUCCCUUUCCGCAAAUACUCCCCCGAAUCAGUGAAAAGUAAGGUAUUGGAGUCUAGGGGGGCUAUAUUGUCCUUGAUUGGCAGAGGGGUAGAGAUAGUGUGGAGUUUGGGUCUAUAUUGGACGACUUUGCUGUAUGACUAUGCUGUGGGUCGUGAUCAAGAGGUUGUUCCUUUCAGGGCUGUGCAGUUAAGGAAACUCUUGUGUAACCUGGGUCCUUCUUUCAUCAAAGCCGGACAGGUGCUUGCAAAUAGACCAGAUAUUAUUAGAGAAGAUUACAUGAAUGAACUUUGUAUUCUUCAGGAUGAUGUUCCUCCUUUUCCUAAUCAGUGGUUUAGGUUGCUUUCAACAUCAUCGAAGAGGAAUUAGGUCAACCUCUAGAAGCUGUUUUCAGACAAAUUUCAUCGAAGACUAUAGCAGCUGCAAGUUUGGGUCAAGUUUAUCGAGCUACAUUACGUGCAACAGGGGAGGAUGUUGCUAUUAAGGUUCAGAGGCCUCAUAUCGAGCCUAUCAUCUACCGAGAUCUUUUUCUUUUCCGGACGCUGGCUUCAUUCUUGGAUGGGAUCAGUCUUCAAAAAUUAGGCUGCAAUGCACAACUUAUAGUGGAUGAAUUUGGGGAGAAACUAUUAGAGGAGCUAGACUAUACAAUGGAAGCUCGGAAUAUUGAAGAUUUUUUGGAAAAUUUCAAGAAUGACUCCACAGUCAAAAUUCCUCGGGUCUACAAACAGCUUUCUGGUCCACGUGUUUUAGUAAUGGAAUGGAUUGAUGGAAUACGGUGCACGGAUCCAGAGGCAAUCAAGGGGUCAGGAAUUGAUAUAGAUGGAUUUUUGACUGUUGGAGUUAGUGCAGCCUUACGGCAGCUGCUUGAAUUUGGUUUGUUCCACGGAGAUCCACACCCUGGGAAUAUCUUUGCUAUGCGUGAUGGCCGCAUUGCAUAUGUUGAUUUUGGGAAUGUUGCUGUUCUGAGUCAGCAAAAUAAACAAAUUUUGAUUGAUGCUGUCGUCCAUGCCGUAAAUGAGGACUAUGCUGAGAUGGCCAAGGAUUUUACUAGGCUUGGAUUCCUAGCUAGUGAUACUGAUGUAUCCCCCAUUAUUCCUGCUUUGGAAGCAAUUUGGCGGAACUCGCUUGAAAAAGGACUUGCUGAUUUUAACUUUAGAAGUGUAACAGGAAAAUUUAACCAAUUAGUUUACAACUAUCCCAUUCGUAUUCCGGAGAGGUUUUCUCUAGUUAUUCGUUCUCUAUUGACUCAAGAAGGCAUCUGUUUGACAUUGAAGCCAGACUUCAAAUUUCUUGAGGUUGCCUAUCCUUACAUUGCGAAGCGCCUUCUUACCGAUCCUAACCCUGCUUUGCGGGAACGCCUUAUGCAGGUUUUGUUCAAGGAAGGUGCAUUCCAGUGGAAACGGCUUGAGAAUCUAAUCAUUCUUGCCAAGGAAAACGUGGUAAAGAUGAGCAGUAACCCUGCUCUAAAAGGGAAUAAUAGCAUGUAUAAUAAAGACAUUCAAGUUGAGCGAAAGUUGGAUCUCACGGACACAAUCAAGGAUGGAGCUCGAGUUGUCCUUCUGGAUAAAGUUAUUCGCAGGCAGCUUCUUCUUGCUCUCACUGAAGACUCAAAACUUCACAUUCAAGAGCUUGUGGAUGUAUACAGACUGCUUGAGGAUGAAAUAGACCUACCUUCAGUGGCAAGGGCAGUUGUGGGAGACCUUCCAUCCAUUGCUCGAGAUGUCAUGCUGUCAUGGACCAACUCUGUUUUAUCUGAUACUUGAGAGGUAAUUUUGCCAUGCCCCACUUUUUUUUUCUUUCAGGAUGCUAUAUAUAUUAUAUCCUCUCUUUUGUGCUGCUUAUUGGUUAGUAUUGUAUACUUAUACAAGGGGGGGGGGGGGGGGGGGGGGGCACAAAUUAUUCGUUACAGUCAUGGAAUGAGGUGAACGUUGGUUAAAGCAUGCCGGCUGUGAAAUAAUAUAUAUUGUUCCUAUGUAAUUGUAAUUUUCCUGCUGUAAAAUAAUCCUUUUUUUAAAAAUAAUACUCCGUAUUUGUUAGUUAAACCAUUUUUUAUUUAUAAACUAUUGUCUUCGGCAUGCUAUUCGAAAGUUAGUGAGGGUGAGAGCACUGUGUCAUUUUCACGGAAGAGGGUGCUCGGAUCAUUAGUUCCACAUUCCAGCAGAGGCUCGACCCAACAGGGGGCAGUUGGAAGAUCCUAAACGACGUGACAGUGGACUUUUACUGGAGAGAGUUUCAGAAAACAUGCCACUUGGGACCCUCGCAUUGAUGAUAGGGUUAUGUUCCGUGCUUGGCGAUCGAAGGCUAAAAGACGAUACACCGACUGGCUCUCAUCUAUUAGGAAUGAGAAGAAAGGAACAGAGAAGGUGCAGCCACUUGUACCGCAAUCGUGGAAGGAGUAUUGGAAGUCGCCAAUGUUUUUGACACCUCUUGCCUUGUUAAUUGUGCAACGCCCGUCGAAGAUAUAUUUUUUUAAUCUAAAAUGAAAACUGCAAGGAGAG